AUGAACCGGAUCACAGUGUACGAGCGCGCCAACUUCGAGGGGCUGAGCCGAGAGUUCACCUGCGACGUGCCUGACCUGCACGAGCUGGAUUUUGGGGACUGCAUCGCCUCCCUGAAAGUGGAGGGGCAGCCAUGGAUUGCCUACACGGACCCCAAGUACGAGGGGGAGUCGUACGUCUUCGAGGAGGGCGAGUACCCCUCUGUGGAUCGGCCCAACAGCUUCUCAGCACUGCGCCUCGUGCACCACGACCUGGGGGACCCCCAGAUCACCCUCUACGAGCACCCCAACUUCCAAGGCGCCUGCAAGGUGGUGACAGAGGAGACCAACUUGGCGUAUGGGUACUUCAACGACCGGGUGGCCUCGCACACGGUGCAGCGAGGGGUCUGGCUGCUCUACCAGCACCCCGGCCGGGGCGGCUGGCACUGCCUGGCGUGGCCCGGCGAGCACCUCGCCGACUACAAACUGGAGCUGAACUUCCAGUCUCGGCUGUCCCACCUGCGCCCGCUACGGCCUGGGCGGCCCCUGGUCUCGGCGCGUCUCCUCUGGGAACAGAAGCGGGUGGAGGAGGAGCGGGAGGUGCUGGUGGAUGAGAUUGAGGGGGUGAACGAGACCGAGUCGGAGCAGGCGCUGGCGGCCAGCAGCAGCCGGGAGUACGGCACCACACUCUGGCAGAGCUUCAACUUCAGCAAUGCCACCAGCCUCAAAGCCGGGCUCUCCUUCACGCUGACCGUGGAAGCCUCCAACAUCUUUACGGUGCAGAAAGGGCGCAGCGAAAGCAGCACUCGCCGGCAGCGCGUGGAGGUGCAGCUGCCGGCCAAGAUCCCCCCGCGCACCGCGCUCAGCAUCCAAGUGCUUCGGAAGGAGGUGACGCUCUCCGUGCCGGUGCUGCUCACCAUCACCCAGAAUGAGAGCGUGCGCACCGAGAUGGGCGAGUACCGCAGCGUCUCAGGUACCAAUGUCAGUGCCCGCUAUAGCUUAAAGCCACUGCCAGCUACGGGCAGGGAGCAGGCGGCCACCAAGGGGACAGACACAGUGCCUGGCACCAGGAUGGAACUAUAG